UCCUUCAGCUUACCUCUCCUGCCCUCACUACUCUUGACAUAAUCCAUCAUGUCUGCUAUUGCAAAGGAAAUUCUCACAAAGUCUACCAAUGCGCUGCCUUUUAUCAUAAAGUCGACACAGCCCAAGACCCUUUACCGGGCGCUGAAGGUCAUGGACGCCAGCGGUGUCGGAGAGAACAUCACAACAACGAAGCUGAUCAGCAAGGGCUUCACGGAUUGCUAUUACAAAGUCACCUCUGUCAAGCUUCGUGGACCAGAACUGGAUCACGGCAAGGCAUAUGGUGUCGAGGUUUGGAAGGGCAAGGUCCUGAACGAAGGCAAGCCCGUCGAGAUCCGCGGAGGACUUAAGUGGAACUGGGUCAAGUACACGCCAACGACGGAGCAUGUCGCAUCACAAGUCAAGGCAUAGAGGGAAAUAAACAUACUGCGGUUU